AUGAGAUUGUUAAUAAGGAGUAGGAUAAUUAUUAGUUGUCGAGCAGUCUUGAAUCAGAGACAUGGUACGCGCUUCUUUGCCACGGAAACCAGUUCAUCAUCUGAAUCGUUUUUCAAAUUAUUCCCUCGUACGUUCCCCAACGGAGGUCCACCUCGAGAUCCAUUUAAGAUCAACGAUAAGCUGCUUCGUAGAGAAUACCGUGCUUUGCAAAGCUCUCAUCAUCCGGAUAUUUCACAGGACACUUUGAAAUCGCUGAAUAUAAAUAAAGCAUUCACAACUUUGAAGAACCCUUACCUAAGACUAGCUCAUUUAAUCCAGAACUUACACGGUAAAGACAUCACUAAUGAUUCUGUAUCAAAGGAAAUGAUUCGUAAAUAUCAAACUGAAAGGACGGAGAAUUCUGCGCAGUAUAAGGAAAUGUUGAUGCAGGUGAUGGAAGCACACGAACAAUUGGAACUAGCUGAAUUGGAAAACGAAUUGGAAGGAUUAGAAGCUGAGAACAGUGAGCGAAUAGAACAAGCAGAGGAAAAAAUAGAUAAAGAGUUGAGUAAAAAAAACGUUGAUGAUAUUAAUUGGGAUGAAUUGAUCAUGGAUGCUAUAAAGUUGAAAUAUUGGGUAAAUAUACAGAAUGGAAUAAAGGAUUGGGAACCCGGUAAACCGGUACACUUGACCCACUGA